CCUCCACACUACUACUCUCCUUUCUUCUUCCUCCAUUAUCUUAUCACCUUUUCUCUAAUAAUGGCUUCCAAUCAAACUCCCACCUCCACUAUCCAAACCAAAUUCGCCCUUCCCAACACUGACCUCGAGCAUCAGCACCAACACCACCCAACCAGAACCCAAGCCACCCAAGCAAAGGACGUCGACGUCGUCCAAGACUUGGACUACUCAAAACGAGCACAGUGGCUACGAGCUGCGGUUCUUGGAGCCAACGAUGGCUUGGUCUCGACAGCGUCUCUGAUGAUGGGCGUCGGAGCAGUCAGGCAAGACAUCAAGGCCAUGAUCCUCUCCGGGUUCGCUGGGUUAGUCGCCGGGGCUUGUAGCAUGGCCAUUGGCGAGUUUGUGUCGGUGUAUUCCCAGUUAGACAUAGAGCUGGCUCAGAUGAAGAGAGAGAAAGAAAAGAAAAGUCACAGAAGGAAGAUAGACGAGGAAGAAGAAGAUGACAACGACGAUAAAGAUGAUGAGGAGAAGGAGAGUUUGCCGAACCCUUUGCAAGCCGGAGCGGCAUCGGCCUUGGCCUUCUCAGUGGGCGCGAUGGUGCCAUUACUUGCAGCGUCGUUCAUAAGAGACUAUAAGGUUAGGGUUGGGGUGGUGGUGGGUUCGGUGAGUGUGGCUUUGGUGGCGUUUGGUUGGUUAGGCGCCGUGUUGGGGAAGGCUCCUACUUUGAGGUCUAGUGGAAGGGUCUUAUUUGGAGGGUGGCUAGCCAUGGCUGUAACCUUUGGACUCACCAAGUUGAUCGGGUCAAGCGGGCUUUAGUUAAUUAAUUAAUUAAUCUUCGUUAGGUAUGUUAAGUUUAUAAAAUAUGUUACUAAAUAGUCUCCAACUUGUACAUAUAAAGCAUGUAAGAGAUAUGGUUCUGUUGAAAUAUUAUAUGUGCUUGAUAUGUUUGUGAAUUAUUUUUUAAAGGUGAGGCUUAAGUUGUUAUA